ACUCCCGGUCUCUGCCUGCGGUGUGACUGCUGUCGGUGCUCCAGGGGCGGGCCCCCCACCCCAGCUGCAGUUAGUCGAGAGGCAGAGCUGGGAGUCCGCGUGCCCCGGCCCUGCGCCCACCACCAUCACUUCCCUGGCUCAGUGGAGAGGAGUGUGUGAGACACGCUCACUAGUAGGAGCUCAGAGGUUUGCAGAAUGAAUGUGUGAGAGUGCGUGAGCGUUUAUGCAAGUGCGUGCAUGGGGUUUAAUGCGUGCGCGUCGGAAGAGUGCGGGGUGUGGGGGCGGAGGAAACAACUCCGCGUGGAUCAGAUCCUCGACGCGCUUAGGGAUGGGGCAGGAGGAAUACAAAGCCCGAUAGUUUCUUCUGACUUCCCAAACUCGCUCCGGGGGUGGAGAGGAGAAGUGGGGUGGUAAGCCUUCGUAAUUUCCUGGUUUAGAGCGCUCAAGCCAGGUUUCCCUAAUCGGCUCCGCAGUCUCUUGUUGCUCCAGGGCUUGGGAACUGCUUCUCCAAGACCCGUAGCUGCCUCGGACAGUCCCCGUCUCGCACAGAAGUCAACUCCUUGGGCUCUUGCCCCGCCCAUACACCCGCCCCGGCCGUCCUAGUGAUAGCGGAGGAGGCACACUAGAGACCAGACUUCUAGGACCUCUUGGCGGAGAGGUCCCGAGGCCGCAGCCACAGGGGAUGGGGUCGCCUGAGCGCCGUCGGCCUUGCCUUACCUGUUUCCAUGAAGCUUGUGUAGGCUGUGGCCCCAAACCGCUUUGCCUGAGUCCGGCUGAUUCUAGAUCAGGAUGGGCAGCAAGGAAGAUGCAGGCAAGGGGUGUCCGGCGGCCGGUGGCGUCUCCAGCUUCACCAUCCAGUCCAUCCUGGGCGGGGGGCCCUCGGAGGCACCGCGGGAGCCCGCUGGCUGGCCAGCCAGGAAGCGCAGUCUGUCGGUGUCCUCGGAGGAGGAGGAGCCGGACGACGGCUGGAAGGCGCCUGCCUGCUUCUGCCCAGACUCGCACGGCCCUAAGGAGCCGGGCCCCAAGCACCACCCCCCCAUCCCUUUUCCUUGCCUGGGUACGCCUAAGGGCAGCGGAGGCGCAGGGCCGGCGGGCUCGGAGCGCACGCCUUUUCUCUCUCCUUCGCACCCGGACUUUAAGGAAGAGAAAGAGAGGCUUUUGCCCGCGGGUUCGCCCUCGCCAGGGUCGGAGCGGCCGAGGGACGGCGGUGCCGAAAGGCAGGCGGGAGCGGCCAAGAAGAAGACGCGCACCGUCUUCUCGCGCAGCCAGGUGUACCAGCUGGAGUCCACCUUCGACAUGAAGCGCUACCUGAGCAGCUCGGAGCGCGCCUGCCUCGCCUCCAGCCUGCAGCUUACCGAGACCCAGGUUAAGACUUGGUUCCAGAACCGCCGCAACAAGUGGAAGCGGCAGCUCUCGGCGGAGCUGGAGGCGGCCAACAUGGCGCACGCGUCGGCGCAGACUCUGGUGGGCAUGCCGCUGGUGUUCCGGGACAGCUCGCUGCUGCGCGUGCCGGUGCCCCGCUCCCUCGCCUUCCCCGCGCCGCUCUACUACCCGGGCAGCAACCUCUCGGCCUUACCUCUCUAUAACCUCUACAACAAGCUCGACUACUGACCGGCCCGCCGCCGCGCGCCGCCCGCCUGCCCCCGGGCCGCCCGGGCCGGCUCCAGCUGCCUGCUCAGUCCGUCGCGCGCCGCACCCUUCGCAGGGCUCCGAGCAAGGGGGCGUUUCCAGAAAUAUUAAGAAAUACACCAUGUGUAUUCUUUAUCUCUUAUUUAUGGCCUCUGCGCUACUUUUUGUUUUGAUUGUUUCGGGUAUUUAUCGGCAUUCUUCAAACCAGAUAGCCUGCUUUCUACCCAAACCGAACCAAUACGCUUUGAAAACCAUUUGGAGGGGGAUGUUCUCUGGUGGUGGUGGGAAACGGAGUUUUGGCCAGUUCGGCUUUGGUUGGUAGAAAAAAAAUCAGAAAACACUUGCAAAACAGGUACACUCCUCCCACAUAUAUACACCUGUAUAUGUACGUGCACACGCUCUCUGCCAGGCCAGGCCUCUGGGACUUUGAACAACUAUCUAAUUGCCUCUUUUCGUUUCUCUCAUCCGGAGGAUGGGUAGGGGUGUAAGGGGGAGAGUUCAGAUGUGUAAAUAUUUUUAAAGAGAAAAAAAUAAAACAUUUUAAACAUC